AUGUCGGUCAUCACAUGUGCCUCAAAAUACAUUUUCCUGCAAAUUAGCUACUUUUUUUCCUUUUUUCUUUCUUCCCAUGCAGUGUGUCAGAAGGACCAAGUGGCUGCCGAUGCCUCAGACUGCUACCUGACUUUCCACAAACUGACGCUUCACCUCCAAGGAGACAAGGAGCCAGGCUGGCUGAAGCAGCUCUUCACGGAUUUCAUCUCCUUCACUUUGAAGCUGGUUCUCAAGAGCGAGGUGUGCAAUGAAAUAAACUCUCUUGCCCAGAUGCUGGCAAAUUUUAUACAUGAUUUAGCAGCGAAUUUUGUCCAGGAUGAGGAUAUCAGACUUGAUAUCUCCCUUGCAUCAGUUCCUUUAAUAAAAGCAAAUUACCUAGAAUCACAUCACAAGGGCCUUGUCCUGUACGAGAACUACUCCAACGUCUUCAGUGACUCGGUUUUCUCCCCGUCGCUGCUGACCGAGUCCCGAAUGCUCUACUUCUGGCUGUCCGAGCACAUCCUCAACUCUCUGGCUUCGGCAGCGUUCUUAGAUGAGCGCCUGGUGUCGACCAUCAGAGGGGAGAAGCUGCAGGCGCUGUUUGAAAUGGAAGACACGGAAGCGCAGCGGAAGGCAGUGCAGACGAUUUUUCAAGGCGCUUCCUAUAACGACUCUGUGGCCAAGGUGUGGAGUCUCGCCCAGCCCCAAAUCGCUGUUCAGCCUGAAGGGACAGUGGUGAAGUCCUUGGUAGCAGUGGAGGUCAGCAUCUUUCCCGUGGGAGAAGAGCCCCUGAUGGUUCUGUACAUGGAGAAGGAAAUCACCGUCACUAUCCAAGCUGCCUAUGCAGAAAAGAAGCUCAUUUUGCACCCUUUGGACUCCAGGAUAGAGUUUAAAGUCUUUAAAUGCACGGCUGAUCCAAGUGAGAAUGACCCGUCCAUAAGAAACUUCCUGCAGACAAUGAUCUCCGUUGUUGGGAUCCCAGAAGUGAUUUCAAGGAUUGAACCAACUUUGACGUCACUGAUGAACAGCAAAGGGCUUAAUCUAUUUGAGAUCAAAAAUCCUGAGAUCAUCACAAGAAAGGGAUACGUAAUUGUACAGCUUGACUUCAGCUUCCCGAAUCAUUUGCUUCUUGAUUUCCUUGAGAAAAGAUUAUAGAAUCAAUCUCUUCAUAAAGAAGUGUAGGAACUCGUGUACAAACAGGAAGAUUGUUUGUGAACCAAUUAAAAGAUGAGCUGAUUUAAAUCAGCUUUGGUUGACUUCUCUUUCCUUUUCCUGAGAAACGCUCCAGUUUCUUUGCAAUUGUACUUCCA